GGGGAGCUAAAGACCUGCGGCCUCAGCCCCUCCAAAGAACCGGGAGAUGACGGGGAAAGCAGGGGAAGCGCUGAGUAAGCCGAAGUCCGAGACAGUGGCCAAGAGUACCUCGGGGGGCGCCCCGGCCAGGUGCACUGGGUUCGGCAUCCAGGAGAUCCUGGGCUUGAACAAGGAGCCCCCGAGCUCCCACCCGCGGGCUGCGCUCGACGGCCUGGCCCCCGGGCACUUGCUGGCGGCGCGCUCAGUGCUCAGCCCAGCGGGGGUGGGCGGCAUGGGGCUUCUGGGGCCCGGGGGACUCCCCGGCUUCUACGCGCAGCCCACCUUCCUGGAAGUGCUGUCCGACCCGCAGAGCGUCCACUUGCAGCCAUUGGGCAGAGCAUCGGGGCCGCUGGACACCAGCCAGACGGCCAGCUCGGAUUCUGAAGAUGUUUCCUCCAGCGAUCGAAAAAUGUCCAAAUCUGCUUUAAACCAGACCAAGAAACGGAAGAAGCGGCGACACAGGACAAUCUUUACCUCCUACCAGCUAGAGGAGCUGGAGAAGGCAUUCAACGAGGCCCACUACCCAGACGUCUAUGCCCGGGAGAUGCUGGCCAUGAAAACGGAGCUACCAGAAGACAGGAUACAGGUCUGGUUCCAGAACCGCAGAGCCAAGUGGAGGAAGCGGGAGAAGUGCUGGGGCCGGAGCAGUGUCAUGGCGGAGUACGGGCUCUACGGGGCCAUGGUGCGGCACUCCAUCCCCCUGCCCGAGUCCAUCCUCAAGUCUGCCAAGGAUGGCAUCAUGGACUCCUGUGCCCCGUGGCUACUGGGGAUGCACAAAAAGUCGCUGGAGGCAGCAGCCGAGUCGGGGAGGAAGCCCGAGGGGGAACGCCAGGCCCUGCCCAAGCUUGACAAGAUGGAGCAGGAGGAGCGGGGCCCCGACGCUCAGGCGGCCAUCUCCCAGGAGGAACUGAGGGAGAACAGCAUUGCGGCGCUCCGGGCCAAAGCUCAGGAGCACAGCACCAAAGUGCUGGGGACUGUGUCUGGGCCGGACAGCCUGGCCCGGAGUACCGAGAAGCCAGAGGAGGAAGAGGCCAUGGAUGAAGACAGGCCGGCGGAGAGGCUCAGUCCACCGCAGCUGGAGGACAUGGCUUAGGUCAAGGCGCACUCAGAUGCCGGAGCCCCAAGACUCUACUCUCCUGGGAGCCUGUGGUGCUGGGAGGUGCUCUCUGAGGCAAGGCCCAGGCCUGGCCUCUGCCAUCCUCCCUGUCCCCCACAGGUCCUCCAUCACCCCUGGUGGCUGCAGGCACCGCUGGGUUCUGACUCUGGACCAUGCUGAGACAUCCCUCAUCUAGUUUUGACCUCUCCAGCAUCCCAGCCUCAGAAGCCUUCUUGCUGCCCACAACGUCCCCUCGAGCCCCUUUUCUCUCAAUCCCUUUGCAGCGCUCACUGAUUUUGGCCACCCUUCGCUCUCUGUUCUCUUGCUUUGAAGAGCCUCCUUCCCAGCUCUACAUUCCGCUCUGCCCAUGCCUAAAGCCCACUGCUGCAAAUGCAUCGUGCAUUGCCUGCCACGGCUGUGACACAGACGGAGGACUGGAACUGCAGCUCCAGCAUCCUGAGCACCCCAGUCCUCAGCAAAAAUCUUCUCCCAACUCAGCCUGUUCCUUCCUGCAGACCUGGCUGGGCCUGGGCGUCUGCAGUGUGAAGACACUGUGCAGGCCCAGCCUCUGCCCCACCCGUCAGUGGAGUCUAGAUGGCAGGCUACAUUUGGGAAGUCUCAGCCUGGGCCCCUCAGCCACCCUUGGUCUCAUGCCCUGCCAUAGUCACCCUUAGGAACCCACCCUCUCCACACCCAACCUGUCCCACUGGCUCAUCCCAGCACAAGCACCUACAUGGCAUGUGGCAAUGUACGCUGUGUGCCAUGAGUCCAUGUCCUAUGCCUCACAAAUGCUGUGGCUCACUGCACUGUGCAGGAGUCCAAACCUUCUACCCUGGGUCCUCGGGCCCCUGAGCCUGAGUCCUGAAGCAUCUCGACUCUCAUGAUAUGCUGCCUGUGACCUUGACUUGCUGUGAAGGCACCCUUCCCCCACAGCUCCUUGUGAACUAUGAGUUUGCAUGUGCCCUGCUUUGAACAACCCAAUCUGGCUGGUAAAUGACAUCUAGGAAGGCACAGGCCUGGCCUCAACUAAGCAGCAAAGCCUGGAGUCGGCCUGGGGCUAUGCAUAUGCAUUAAAGGCCUGCUGGAGAAACCUUCACUCCAGAUAGACAGGGGGCUAAGGGCCUAGGGCUGAGCACCUCUCAGAGAAAGCCUUUGACCUGUUCAGAAGGAUAGGAAAAAGGCUGGAAGGAAAGGAAAGCAAGGCAGAAAGCCAGGAGUAAGCCCAAGAUAAGCUGCAGGACACACGCUUUCAUGCCAUUGUAUGCCAGGAAGCACGUCCACUAGACUAAAACACUGUAACAUGAUGGAAUAAGGAGCUGGGGCUUCUUUCUGCUGGCUGAUGGGUGGACCUGUUAGUACGGUGACCUCUCUGGCCUGGCCUUUUACAUUCGCAUGAGCAAUGGGAGCAUACAGCUCUGUUGACCUGCCCAAUCCAGAUUCCCAGGCCAGGCUCCCGACCCCAUCCACCCAUCCACCACCCCACCCACCUUUGCAGGGAAUACCUCGUUAGAGAAAGGCCUGAGUGUGUGUUGCAACUUUAAUUCCACAUUAAAAGUUGAUUUAUUCUUCAUUCUAUUAUGGAGCUUCCCUCCCCCAACCCCAGUUCUUCUUGUCUUUGUCCCUGUUGGUUUGAAGUGUUAGACUAUAGCCCCUGGUGUGUAAAUAUUGUACAUAGAGUGAGAAGAAAGAAACUUGAUAUUGAGGUGUUUGAAAUAUGAAACUGUAAUAACUUCUAGGUAUUCGAAACCUGUGAUUUCUGUGCCAUUUUCUGUAAAGAUACAAGUAAGAAUAAAAUUGACUUAAAAAUA